AACUAUGGAUAUUAAGGAUAUUGUCUCUCUCCCUCUCUUUUAUCCCCGCUCUCUCUCUACAGUCUGGAAAAACAAAAACAAAAAACACUCUUUUCUAUUCGGGUCAUGCUAUUCGAAUCCUAUUAGAUCCGGAUAAAACCAAUUUCUAAUAACCUGAACCAGAUUCAUAGAUGACGAGACGGUGCUCGCAUUGCAGUCACAACGGGCACAACUCCCGGACCUGCCCCAACAGAGUGGUCAAGUUGUUUGGGGUCCGAUUGACUGACGGGUCGAUCAGGAAAAGUGCCAGUAUGGGGAAUUUAAGUCUUUAUACAGGUUCUUCUAAUAUGGGUGGACCCCAUGCUUCCGGGUCCAACAAUCCCGGAUCCCCUGGUGAUACUCCUGAUCACGGCGCCGCCGCCGCCGCCGACGGUUAUGCUUCUGAGGAUUUCGUUCCUGGGUCUUCUUCAAGUCGUGAGAGAAAGAAAGGUGUUCCAUGGACUGAAGAGGAACAUAGGAUGUUUCUACUUGGUCUGCAGAAGCUUGGUAAAGGUGACUGGCGAGGAAUUGCUCGUAAUUAUGUUAUAUCGAGGUCUCCUACUCAGGUGGCUAGUCAUGCGCAGAAAUAUUUCAUCAGGCAAAGCAAUGUGUCAAGGAGGAAGAGACGCUCCAGCCUGUUUGAUAUAGUUGCUGAUGAACAGCUAGACACUCCAAUGGUAUCACAGGACUUCUUGUCUACCAACCAUCCAAGGGUUGAUACACAAACUGAUAAUCCACUGCCUGCUCCUCCUCCAUUGGAUGAAGAAUGCGAGUCAAUGGAUUCUACCAACUCCAACGAGGGAGAACCCCUCCCUCCAAAGCCAGAUAGCUCACAGCCUGCUUAUCCAGUAGUAUACCCAGCUUAUCUCUCACCGUUCUUCCCAUGUUCUUUUCCAUUUUGGUCGGGAUGCAGUGCGGAACCCUCAAAGACAGAGACACACGAGGUUCUGAAGCCAACGGCAGUGCAUUCAAAAAGCCCAAUCAAUGUAGAUGAGCUGGUUGGCAUGUCAAAGCUGAGUUUAGGAGAAUCUAUUGGCGAUGAUGGCUCCUCUUCUCUUUCCUUAAAAUUACUUGAAGGGUCAUCCAGACAAUCUGCUUUCCAUGCUAAUCCAGCCUCUAACAGUUCAGGCAUCAACAGAAGCAGCAGCCCGAUCCACGCAGUUUAAAGGUAGCUUUGCUGAGAUUGAAAAUGUAGGUUAUCCAAGUGCUGAUGAGCUUCACAGCUUACUGUCUAUACGAGACUAAUAAUGUGGAGGCUGGUUUGGGUUCCAGUAUAAAUUCGUUCGUGGGAGUAUUGUAAUAAGUAUUAGCAUUAUUUUAAGUAUUAGGAUCAACUUGUUCAAGCUAGUAUUUUUGUAGGCUGUAGCAUCUUGUCUAAAGUUAAUUGAAUCUUUUAACACACUCUGCCCAUUUUUAUUA